GUCUACAUCGAAAGUCAACUCAGUUACAUCUCUGCUCUCGUCCAACACAUGCCAGGUAAAAGACUGAGGUCUUAAGAUUGAGAACAAAUCAGAGGAAGAAGGUUGCUAUACUUUCCUGAAGCUCAACCUACCAGGCCACAUGUCCACUCCUAACCCCCAACUAUCCAGCAGCCAGCAGAGAAUCAUCUGCUCUCAUCUAGGAGGUGUCAGGCUCAAUCUGCUCUACAAGGCCAGCGUCCACGGUUUCACUGCAGCAGCUUUCCACCAGCAAUGUGACAACCUGGCUCCCACCGUGUCAGUGGGUUACAAUGCCUCAGGUUACGUGUUUGGAGGCUACACGAGACGACCUUUCUGCCAGUCUGGAGCGUACGUGAAUGAUGAUCAGGCCUUCCUCUUCACUUUCAGUGGAGCAAAGCUCUGCACGUUUCCACCUUCUAAUUCUGCACGUGCAGUAAAAAUGGAUAGUUUUUCUGGUCCUUAUUUUGGAGGAUCUUUGGUUCUUCUUGAUGAAAGCAAACCUAUAGUGUACAGCAAUCCAGGAGGUUAUUAUCCAUUCAAUCCUGUGAAAAUGCAUGGCAACGACCUGGACCUGACUGAGUGUGAAGUCUACCAGCUGGAGGAGACCACUGAACUCAAGAAACCAUGGAGGACUGUAUUCUGGGAAUCUAAGAAGAGGACGGAGCUGAUGGAGAGCAUUAAAACCUACGAACCAACUACUAGCUCCGUGUCUCAUGCUCAGAUUUUACUUAUUGGACCGGUUGGAGCCGGAAAGUCCAGCUUUUCUAAUUCCGUCAAAUCUGUAUUCAGAGGCUACGUCACCAACCAGGCAAUAUGUGGCUCUUGUACCACCCACCUGAAAGCACAGUUUCACGGCAACUCUGUGUGGGCUGAACAAGGAAGAAAUCUUCUGCCAAUCAUCCUGCGUGACACCAUGGGACUGGAGGAAAGUACAGGGGCGGGGCUUGAUGUAGACGACAUCAGCAGCAUCAUUCUCCAAGAUCAUCGGCCUGCCCAGUUAAAACCCUCUGCUCCUCUGUACUCGGAGGCUCAAUGCUAUCACAAGUCUCCAGAUCACAAAGACAAGAUUCACUGUGUGGUUUACGUCAUCGAUUCCUGCAAGAUCUCCAUCAUGACCCCACAGCUGCAGGAGAAGAUGGUUGCCAUCCGCAAGAAGGUCAACUUGAUGGGGAUUCCUCAGCUGGUGCUGCUCACCAAAAUAGACGAAGCCUGCCCUUUGGUGAAGGAGGAUUUAAGAAACGUCUACAAAAGUGGCUACAUCAAAGAUCUGAUGGAGGAGGUCAGUUCUCGGCUCGGCAUGCCGAUGUCCUGCGUUGUACCAGUGAAGAACUACAUCGAAGAGUUGGAGCUGGACAUGAACUGAGACAUCCUGCUGCUCAGCGCCAUCAUACAGAUGCUUCGAUUUAUUAAUGACUACUUUUAUGAGGUUACAUUUAAAGAGUAGGGGAUCUGUGAUAACACUUCCCUUAGAAACAUCGCAGAGAAGCAGUUUCAGGAGAAACACAUUGAAUAUCACAUGUCCACUUCUCACUAUGUUCAUGUUCCAACAUUGCAUAUGUCUUCCUUUACCAUAUAAUCACAUCAUAAAUGUCAAAUUGUUAAUUGUUUAUAUCAUUACCAUACUGCAGUCAUCAGAACUGAUCAACAUUUCAGAGUAUUGAUCACUUUUAUAUUUCCUUAAUUAUGCUUCAACAAAAACGUCAGGCCAAAAUCCUUCUUGUGUGCGGACAAAAUGUUUUUUUUUGUGUGUGUCAUAAAAUCAAGCCGUUUUAUCUUAUAUUUGAAAACAUCUGCUGCUCACCUUAAUUACAGUUUCUCUUGCUGAAAAUAAA